AUGGCCUGCCCUGAGGCAUUCUUUCUCCCUGACCCAUUCCACCAUAAUCUGUCUACAUUCAUGGCCUGCCUCAAGGCAUUCUUCCUCCCUGGUCCAGUCCACCAUAAUCUGCCAGAAUCUCUGCAUUCAUGGCCUGCAUUGAGAAUCUCUGCAUUCAUGGCCUGCCCUGAGGCAUUCUUCCUCCCCGACCCAUUCCACCAUAAUCUGUCUACAUUCAUGGCCUGCCUCAAGGCAUUCUUCCUCCCUGGUCCAGUCCACCAUAAUCUGCCAGAAUCUCUGCAUUCAUGGCCUGCAUUGAGGCAUUCUUCCUCCCUGGUCCAGUCCACCAUAAUCUGUCAGAAUGGCCUGCUUUGGAGGCAUUCUUCGUUAUUUCUUGGGAAGUCCAUCCAAGGCCAUGAAUUCCCAAUCAUGGCCCGCGCAGGGUUAUAUAAGGAUGUUGGGGGCGCCUAA